UCCGUCCCAGAAGCGAAGCGCCGAGUCCGAAUAUGUCAGCGAGCAGAGUGGAACCGGCAGCGCAGAGCCCGCCGCUCUCAUCCAGCUUCUGUUUCAGUCCUUGGUCGUGUGUUUGUGCGAAGGGCUGGUCGGCGGCUGUGUGGAACGGCAUUUCUGACCCGGUGCUGACCGCCGCCUCUGGAUGCUCCGCCCCUGAGCCGUGGCUGCUCCCCGGCUGUAGCUCCGUGUAUGACAGCCUGGUCAGAAACGUCUCUCCGAUCCCGUCUCCUCGUGCUGGCGGCGGUCUGCGAGGACAGGAGCGAGCCUUCAGCAGCAAACCACGCAGGCCUUCCAUCCUGGAGCGCUGCAUCCUCAAAGUGUCCACGAGCAGCGUGGCUGUGGGGACGGACGACGUGGACAACAAGAGGCCCCACAUCGGCCGCUGUUACCCCCGCCUGCCAGACCCCACCAACACCGAGACCAACGCCGCAGUUCUGAAGCGGCGGCAGAAACAGAUCCAGUACGGCAAGAACACCAGCGGAUACCAGAACUACAUACAGCAAGUCCCCAAACACCUGAGGGAUCCAAAGCUCCACCCCUCCACUCCCAACAAGUACAGGAAGUACAGCCGGCGCUCCUGGGACAUGCAGGUGCGUCUGUGGAGACGAGCGCUGCACCUGUGGGACCCUCCAAUCAGCACCCAGCUGGACACCACCGACACACCAGACCCCGUGGAGCAGCUGCAGAGUCAGCUGGAGAAGAUGACCUCUGACCUCUUUGAGGAUGGAGGAGAUGAGCAGAGAGAGAAGGAGACCCCAGCAGCCUCUAAAGCCUCCUCUACGUCUCCUCAGCUGGCCGCCACAUCCUCAGAGCUGCCCGGAGCCUGGACCGUCCCGACGUCACCGCCGGAGGCGGGCCACUGGCCUCUUCGCUCUCCUCCAGGCCUAAACUACUCAUUCAGCAAUCAGCUGACCACUGAUGACAGCAUGACCGACUGGCUCCGCCUCCUGAUGGAAACGGACCAAAGCCAAGAUUUUGGCUCUGAUGACCAGCAGGUGCCCGUGUUCUCUGACCGGCUCCUCUGGACUCCAUACUGACCCCCUGAAGCAGACCCGGUUUAGUCCUCGCCAUUUUUCUUGAUCAUGUGUCUUUUAAAGAUGUCUGAAGAUUCACUGAACGACAGCAUUGAUCUGAUUGGCCCCGUGUCCACCGCCCCCACCUCCCAGGUGCUGAGGUUACCUGGCUGCUCGUCGUCGGGGCGGACAGCUGAACACUCUGAUGCACCUGAACAUUUUCAUUGACCUCAUGAAGCACUUCUCACCUGUUGGAGUUCUGCACGUGUUUCUGUACCCACUCACUUUGGUGUCACUUUGUUGUUGUUGCCCCACCUUCACCUUUACCUUUGUGCUCUGCUGUCUGUCCGGAUCAGGCUCCGCCUCCUCCUCCUUCACGUCAUGUUUUUUCUCAAAAACCAACCCCUGCUGAGUGGAGGAGAGGGCGUUUUUGUGUUUGAGUUUUCUUUUACUCUUUUCCUCCUUCUUGCUGCUUGAUUAUCAA